GGACAUCGGGGGCUAUAAAGAAUCCAAGCCGGGUUGAACAGAUGAACAACUCCACGCCUCUCUUCGACGUGGGACCGCUCCCUUAAGUUUCUUUCUUCUCUACCUUGCACGGUCUUUACCCUCCCUGUCUUGGUCUAAAAUGAGAUUUGCUCUCCUUUCCGCUCUCGCUGUCCCCGCAGCGGUCGUCGCCAGCCAGGUUCAUCAAGCUAGACAGGACCCUCCGUCCUCCUCGCCUGCAGCAUCUUCACCCGUACCGCUGCCAUCGUCUGGCUCUGUUUCCGCGUCCGCGCCAUCUGUAUCGGGUACAGUCCCAGUUUCGGGCUCCUCUGUCGCUGCACCCAUAACCACCCUUCCGUCCGUCUCAUUCUCGCUUCAAGCAACCAACCCGACCGCCAUCCCACUGUCCGAGAUCACUGCGGGCACCUUGACCACAUCUCCGACGCUUCCCCUUUCAACCGUUUUUGCACCAGGAGCUACUCCUACGUUCUUGACCAAUCCUCCUCCUUUGCCUGAUUUGUCAAAGCUUGUCGUCAGCAACUACCCUCCUCUUGACAAGCCGCCUCCCACAGAUUCCCCGGAGGUACAGCAAUGGAUCCAGGAAGUCGCGAACACGGGCGUUCAGAUUCCAGACAUCUCCCCCACCGUGCUCGGCGGGUGCCCCGCUAACCUCGAUGCCGUCUCUGACCCCAACCGAUGCUGGUGGACAUGCGGAGGAUGCACUCGUGAUACCGACAUCGUCACCUGCCCCGACAAGCUCACCUGGGGCCUCACCCAUGAUGACGGUCCUGCCCCGUACACAUCUAACCUCUUACAGUAUCUUGAUUCAGCCAACCUCAAGACAACCUUCUUUGUUGUCGGCUCUCGUGUCAUCUCAUAUCCUGCUCUCCUCCAGGAGGAGUUCAUGGCACAGCACCAAAUUGCUGUUCACACGUGGAGUCAUCCCCAGAUGACUACCUUGAGCAAUGAGGAGGCCAUCGCUGAGUUGGGCUGGACGAAGAAGGUCAUUAAAGACGUGCUCGGUGUCACACCGCAGUACUGGAGGCCGCCUUACGGAGACAUUGACGAUCGAAUCCGUGCCAUUUCCAAAGCCAUGGACCUCACUCCUAUCAUGUGGACUCGCAUUAGUCCGACCGCGACUUUUGAUACCGACGACUUCAACGUCGCAGGCGGUCUUUCAUCUGCGUCUCAGGUUCUCAGCAAUUGGCAGAACAUUCUCGGCAAUGCCACCAUGUUGGAUACGGGUUUCAUCGUGCUUGAACAUGACUUGUUUGCACAGUCCGUCGACCUUGCAACUGGCUACAUUCUACCCGACGCCCUCGCGUUCGAACCAAAGCUCAAGAUUGAGCCUGUCAUUUCUUGCCUGAACAAGCCCAUGUCUGACGCAUAUAUCGAGACUAACGACAACAAGACCAACCCUCCAGUCGUUUCAGGAAGCCAACCUGUUUCGUUCUCGUCAGGACAGCCCGGCUCGGCAGAAGCCACUGGUGGGGCGAGCAACAACGGGAACAACUCUGGCGCGACUACUAUCAUCAACAGUCCUGCUAACUUGUUCGCUGUUGCCAGCAGUGCUUUCCUUGCAGUCGUUGCUGGUGUCAGUAUGCUCUUCUAGAUUGACUCUUGAAGAGAAGCCGGAACUUGGUUUUUUUUGCUACUACUGCUACUCCUACUACCUCAUGACAUGACUUGCAUAUGGACUUGGACUCUGGACCUCCCGAACGCGACUAUAUCGUUUUUCUUUAUCUAAUACUACUCAAUUAGUUGUGUACAUUUUUCACUUUUCUUGAUCGUGAGCCUAGACAUCUUAGUGUAGUACACCAUGUCGACGGACUAUAGGCCACCCCGUUUAGUUACUCGUUUGCACGUUAUUGAAUUGUUGAACUCGCAUCUUGUCGUCAUGUCAUACACAGACUGAACCACGUAACAAUAGUAGAGCGUCGCAGGCAUGUAUUUUGCAGUGCCUAUUUCUGAUGAUGUUGUUGUUGGCUUUUGAGCGUAAGUACAUGGAGAUCGAAGGCCGCGUUGAUAAUCAAGACAAAGCGAAGGAGGAAAAAAGUAAUAAGAUGUAUAUGUGUGU